AGAACUCUCUCUUGUGGCUUCCUUGAUAGUUAUAUUUCCAUGACAGUAGGGUAAGAAAGUAAAAGGAGGUCGUAAUCAGGUCUAUUUACAAUUUACUUUUAAGGGAUUUCCCAGAUUCCAUCGAAACAUUCUAAUCAGAAACUGCAGUCCCACAAUAAUGCACAAAGGAAGUGUUAACUUAUAUAAAUGGAGUUUGUAACGAAAUUUCAGGAGAGAUGAAAACAACCAUGUUCAAUCAGACUCGCCCGUCAGUAAUUAGAAAUCACUCGAGACGUCAUUUCCUCUCCUAAAACACUAUAAAUACCUACGUGAUCCCCAUCUCUCCCUCGCAUAUGUCUCUUGCAUCCCACCUACACCCUAUGUCCACCUCUGCAGCUGCCCCUUGGCCAUUCUGCAGGGGGGGUCCUGACCUACUCAUCCUGUGGCCAGGAGGUCAGCCCUCAGCCAGGCGGGUUAAGCCAGGUUUUCACUCCAUAAUCCUGUCAUUUUAUUCUCCGGUGUUGUUAUUCCUAGUGAAAUCAAACUUUGACAUGAAAUCAAGGAUUUAGGAAUUGCAGGGUCCCCUUGAAUUCCCCAUCCAUCAUUUGCCAGGCUGUCGCUUGUGGUAAGGGACAUGGCCUCACAAAACCUUUCCCAGAAGUAUUGAUGACAAGGUGGGACUGCACCCUGGACAGUGGGCCAAGCUCAUUCGGGCAAUGCAGAGACGCCAGUGAGGCAGCCUGCCUCUCGAAGCCAUGCGGCUGCUGUCUGAUUUAACUGAAAAUUAUAAAGCGUGGCUGUGCUUUAGCAGUUAACUGUACAUAAAGCUGUUUUUUGUCUGUAAAAUCGAGGCUACAUGAACGGCAGUUUAGUUAGUAGAACCGCUUGGGAUGUUUUCAAAGCGCUGGUGCGUAUUUAAAUACACUGAUUGAGAGCGAAGGCUGAGUGUUCAUAUUUCCACAGCGCAUUCCAUAAUAUUUGAGCCGAAUGCAGUGGUUUUCUGGUUUGGGCAGCGCGCGUCGUUGCAAGUUGCAAAGGUAGCACGUAGUGUUGGCGCUGGACCACCCGAACAGCUGAUCCCCCCGCUUCAGCACUUCGGACAGCUCCGUUCUGCAGCGCCAGCCGCGGGAGGGGGCUAUAUAAGCUCGAGGAGCUGCGCCUCUCUUCCCACUCCGCUCCAGCGGCUCCGCAGCAUCCCGAGGCGGCGACAGUAUGGAGUGCCUCACGAGUUCUCCUCAGAGGAGACCGCAGGGAGAAUGGCUCCAGUUUCAGCCUCAGAGUCUCCGGUCUUCUGCAUCUCGGCAGUUUCCUAGAAGCCCCUCGAACGCCGGCCUUUCGCCGUCCUAUAAAAAGAGCAACGUGAUGCUGAAAAAAGAGCCCGUGGCUGUUCUCGGUCACGGCGGCAGCCUUGGUUUAGCGAGCCAGCAUUCAGAAGGGCUGAUGCUGACCAACAUAAACGAGAAAGAGAUGCUACAGGGUCUAAAUGACCGUUUCGCGGGUUUUAUAGAGAAGGUCCGCCUGCUGGAAAAGCAGAAUAAGAUUUUGGAACAGGAAAUUGAAGACCUCCGGCAAAAGAAAGCGUCUCCUUCUUCAUUGUCCCAAGCCUUCGAACCCGAGAUGAAAGAUCUGAGGAAACUUGUGCAAGACAUCACCUUGCAAAAGCGCCAGAUUGAACUGGAACACCAGCAUCUGGACGAGGACUUUUACAUUUUGAGGGAAAAAUACGAGGAAGAAGCUCGUCACAGAGCUGACACCGAGGCCAGCAUUAUGACACUGAAAAAAUACAUGAAUGACGUAUAUCUUUCCAAGAUGGAACUAGAAAGUAAGGCUCGCUCUCUGGUUGAAGAAAUCGCUUUCCUGAAGAAAAACCACCACGAAGAGGUGUCCGAAAUGAUGGCCCAAAUCCAACAGGCCCGCCUAACCGUGGAGGUGAAGGAGUGCGGGAAGGCGGACAUCACCGCGGCUUUGCGGGACAUCAGAAAGCAGCUUGAAGGUCACGCCAGCUCCAACAUCCAGCACGCCGAGGAGAGUUUCCGCACUCGCGUGGAAAACCUGACCAGAGCCGCGGAGAGCAACAGCCAGGCGCUCCAGAGCACGACACAGGAGAUCCAGCAGCACCGCCGGCAGCUGCAGUCCAAGAGCCUGGAGCUGGAGACCGCCAAGGGCACCCGGGAGCUUCUGGAGAGACAGCUGUGCGACUUGGAGGAAAGGCACGACGGAGAAAUCAGUCAUUACCAGGACAUCAUCAGGUUGCUGGAACAUGAGCUUAAACACACAAAAUGCGAGAUGUCUGGUCACCUUAAGGAGUACCAGGAUCUGCUGGAUGUCAAAAUGGCUUUAGAUGUUGAAAUUGCAUCUUAUAGGAAACUGUUAGAAGGUGAAGAGACUCGACUAUCCACAGUGGCUGGAGCCCAGGUUUCAUUGCCAUAUGUGUACAGACAGUCCCCUGUCUACACUCUCCCGAGCUACACAAAGGAGCGGAGCAGAGCCACCAAGGCAGAGCCACAGUACAAGUUCGUUGAGGAGAUCAUUACCGAAACAACAAAGGAAGUAGAGAUGACAGAGAUUGAAGAGACGGAAUCGGAGGAAACAAACGGAGAAGAAGAAGCUAGAGGGAAUGGGAGCAGAGAGGAAGAGGAGGCAGCUGAGGCCGAGGAGACACAGGAAAGAGAGGACACCCCAGAAUCAGAGGAACAACACAAAGAGACAUCUGAGACUGAGGAGACACAGGAGAGAGAGGACACCCCAGAAUCAGAAGAGCAACAUGAACAGUCAUCCCCUGAGGUUAAGGAGACACAGGAGAGAGAGGAUACCCCAGAAUCAGAGGAACAACAUGGAGAGACAUCUCCUGAGGCUGAGGAGACACAGGAGAGAGAGGACACCCCAGAAUCAGAG